GUUUUAAAAUUGAGAUCAUUCUGUGCGUGGCGUUGUCGAUUCAGAGCUUAUGCGUAUAUUAAAUCAAAGGUUAAUUAAAUAGCUGGAACAGAGAGCCAUUGUCAUCCCAGACAAAUAAUACGAGACAGAAAUAGAAACAAGCUGUAGAAAGAUAAGGUCCGUGAUGUCCAGUGAAGAACUCAUUUCUGUGGAUUAUGAAGUUUUUGGCAAAGUGCAAGGAGUAUUUUUCCGGAAAUACACUCAAGCUGAGGGGAAGAAGCUUGGCCUAGUUGGAUGGGUCCAAAACACAGAAGCAGGAACUGUGCAAGGGCAGCUACAAGGUCCACGCAGCAAGGUGGAAAAAAUGCAAGAAUGGUUGAAAUCUACAGGGAGCCCCAAGUCCUGCAUCGCCAAGGCCGAGUUCAAGAAUGAGAAAACUAUUGAGAGCCUGGAACACUCAUCUUUUAAUGUAGUCAAAUGAAAUGAGAGGUUCAUUGUGUCUGUAAUAUUAAUAUUUAUGUUAUUAACUUUUUUUCAACUUGUGGUAUUUAAAGCACAUAAGUAAAAAUAUAUGCAUCGUA